CCAAUGGAAGAGCUCGGUGCGCGCGACGAGGGCGGAUCUUGCAUUUUGGACGCGGUGCGUUACACGCGGGCGUGCGACGCGUUAUAACCAAGCCUUUGGCUAGCCUACAUAGGGGUUAUUUAUGAGCUAGAGCGCGAGCAUUGGGUGUGAUCGGCUCACGGGCUCAGCAGCAUCAUCAUCCUCAUCCCUGAUGUGAGUUCAGCGGGAUUCAUGAUGGAUACGCGGGCCACACCUGUGCAUCAGCAGCGUAACCUGCGGACCUGUUGGAGACCACCGGGUCUCUACAGCCCGGCGAUGGCGCUGUGACCACCGGGUUCGACAAAGACCUUAUGGGGCCCCUUGCGCAUCAACUGGAUUAUCAAAGCUCGGAUUCGGACUGGGUUCUGUUCAGACUUCAGACUUCUCUCAGUGUGUGUGCGACUGAUUUUAAGACAAAGACCCUGAAACCGACGCGCAAUGGAUGCGGUUCGGCUGGACGGGCUCGACGCACCGGCGGAGAACGGGAAUGUGUCGCAGUCCGAACCCCACAAGCGGCUCUCGCAGGUGGACACGGUGGUUCUGCCGUUCCUCGGGGGGUUCGGGAGGUACCAGAGGCGCCUGGUGGCUCUAACGUGGAUCCCUGCGUUCCUCAUCUCGUUUAUCCAGUUCUCCGAUCACUUUCUGCUCGGUCAACCGCACAGGAAGUGCGUGCGCGCGGGGAACGGGACGGGCUCGGAACGGGAUUUAUUCGUGGAUCUGAUCGGGAACGGCACUGAGAACGGCUUCGUUACGGCGUGUGUGUGCUCGGAGUGGAGGUUUGAGCUGCAGUCGGGACUGCAGCAGAAUGUGGUCACUAAGUGGACGCUGGUGUGUGACGGAGAGUGGAAGGUUCACAUCGCCAAGUUCUCUCUGUUGAUCGGGUCUAUCUUCGGGUAUUUGCUGAUGGGAGCGAUGGCGGACUGGUUGGGCCGGAUCCCAGUUCUGCUGGUGUCGGUGCUGUCGGUGCUGGUGUUCGGGUUAGCCGUGGCGUUCUCCGUGGAUAUGGCCAUGUUCAGCACGCUUCGCUUCUUCGAGGGAUUCUGUCUGGCGGCCAUCAGACUGACCCUUUAUGUCCUGAGGAUUGAGUUGUGUUUGCCCAAAUGGCGUUUCUCCAUGACCAUGAUCGCCAGUCUGAUCAUCGUGGGCGGGCAGAUGCUGAUGCCCGGUUUGGCGGCGCUGUGCCGUGAUUGGCAGAUUCUUCAGAUUGCAAUCAUCGCUCCAUUUGUGCUCAUGCUGCCGUACGUCUGGAUGUUCCCUGAAUCCCUGCGCUGGCUGUUGGCCACUCAACAUUACCAAAGAGCCAAGAGACAAAUGUACCGAAUCGCCCAUAGCAACGGCGUCGACACGGCAACCGACCCCAGCGGCAUCCUCUCAGAGCUGGAGACAGAACUGCAACAGAAGCCAAAGACGUCGUGCGUAACACAACUGACCGGCACCCGAAACCUGUGGAAGAACACCGUAGUGCUGUGUGUGAACUCGUUGACGGGCUAUGGCAUCCAUCACUGUUUCGCUCGCAGUGUUCUGGAGGAAAGCGAGUCUCAUCUGCACUAUUACGCAGUGGCGGCGAUCGCGUUAGCGGCGAGUGUGUUGGUGUUUCCGGUGGUGGGAGGAUUCGGCAGGAGAGGAGGACUGCUAACAUUCAUGAUCAUCACAGCGUUAGCAUCACUGCUACAGCUCGGCCUGCUCAACCUGAUCGGGAAGUACAGUCUUCGGCACGAUACAGUUCUGCGAGACACCCUGAACCAGCGCUUCUCGUACGCGUUCUCCAUCAUCGGGAUGUUCUCGUCUCACGCCGUCAGCACGCUCAGCAUCUUUUACUGCGCGGAGAUCACGCCGACUGUCAUCAGGGGUGGAGGCGUGGGUCUGGUCCUCGCGAGCGCAGGGUUCGGCAUGCUAACAGCCCCGCUCAUGGAGCUCCAUAACCAGAAGGGUUUCUUCCUGCAUCAUGUGAUCCUCACCUGCUGCACGCUGCUCUGCAUCAUUUGCAUACCGUUGCUACCGGAAACCGCUGGCCAACCACUGCCUGAGACUAUCGCUGAGGGGGAGGGGCUUCUGAGGAGGCCCAUCCUCCCCGGAGAACAGCACCACCUACUGGCCAGAACCGAGGUCCGGGAAUACUCACGCGUUCAGGACACGCCCCUCCACCAGGUCGUCAACCCCGGCAACGGCUCAGUGCCUAGCAACAGUACAGCCAACGGCGUGAGGACUUCAUGACGGCAUUUUCUAACAACGGCCAAUCGGAGAACAGCGCGAGCGAUCGGAUCGAUUGAAAAAGGAAGUUUCUCAUUCGUUGGGUUUUUAAAAGCCGCGUCUGGAGACGGACAGAUG